CGUCAUAAGCGCGAUCGCGAUCAGUAUUGUGUCAGCUGAGUGAGAGAGAAGCAGAAGUUUGUUCAUUUUUGUGAGGAACCUGUUUGGAGGUGGGUUUUUUCUUCUUCUGGUGUUAGCGGACGUUAUCAAACAGCAAACCAUCAUGGUUAUGCGAAGUGCGCCUCUGAUGGGUUGGAAGAAUGUGAGCACUGGGUCCGAUGCUGAAAAGCACAUGCCAAUCGCAAGGAUAUGCGUCCAGGUACAGCAGGGUUCGAUCUACGGUGUGCGUGAUAGACUUCCGAAUGGGCAGAACUACUACUACUUCAAGGGAGUUCCGUACGCAAAGGCACCCGUUGGACAGCUUCGCUUCAAGUCGCCGAUGCCGCUGGAGAAGUACGCCGUAUCCUAUCUGGACUGUACCCGGGAGCGUAGCAACUGUCUCGGGUUGGACGUUCUGACGAAGGAGAUCAGUGGCUCUGAGGAUGGACUGUUCCUAAACAUUUACACACCGAAACUUGGCAAGCGGGAUGAUCCGGAACCGCUGCCGGUGAUGGUGUUCAUCCACGGCGGAGGACUUAUUGGAGGCCACGGAGAUAGUUCGCUCUAUCUUCCGAACUAUCUCGUGCAGGAAGGAGUGAUCGUUGUGACGAUCAACUAUCGGCUAGGAGUGCUCGGGUUUCUCUGCUUACCAGAUGCCGGCGUAGAGGGUAAUGCAGGUCUUAAGGAUCAACGAGCCGCCCUACGGUGGGUUUCCGAAAACAUAGCGGUGUUUGGUGGAGAUCCGAACAAUGUGACGCUAUUCGGUGCUAGUUCGGGUGCGAUCGCCGUCAACUUCCACUGUCUUUCGGCCGAGUCUAAGCGCUAUUUUCAUAAGGCGAUUCUGCAGAGUGGUUCCAUUUAUACGGAGUUUGCGUUCCAGGAGCAGCCGGAAGAAAAGGCUCGUCGGUUGGCAAAGUUGUUGGGUCACAGUCCGACCACGGAUUUGGAGGUGUACGAGAUCCUUCGUAAUGCACCCGCACGGAAGCUGUUUGAGCUGCAACCAUUAGUGCUGACCGAUCGUGAGAAAGCUGUGGAACGUCUGUUCCAGAUCCCAUUCCUACCGGUGAUCGAGAGAUCGGACUCCACCGAUGCAUUGAUCACUCGUCAUCCGACGGAGAUUCUGAGUGAGCCUGAUUCGAUGGACAUCCCGAUCAUACUCGGGUACAACGAGCGUGACGGUAUGAUGGUGCUGAUCGACGCCAUCAAAACGCUCGCCGCGUACAAUGCAGAACCGGAACGUUUCAUUCCCCGAACGGUCGCGCUAGACUACUUCUCACCGGAGGCUCGUGCUCUUGGUGAGGAGAUCCGGUCGUUCUACUUCGGAUCACGACCCGUCUGCCGCGACACACUCAAUCAACUUACAGACGUAUUCACUGACAAGUAUCUGCUCGCUUACCGAAUGACGGUGGAACUGUGGGCCCGCCAUCAGCGUCGAUCCAAGUUCUUCGGCUAUCGAUUCGCGUUCGAUGGGCUGUUGAACAAGGGCAAAGCGAUCAUGUCCCUUGGCACCAUGAAAGGAGCGGCCCAUAUCGACGAGGUGUACUAUCUGUUCAGCUCACCACUGCUCCGUACCGAAGUGCCCGAAACGGAUCGUGCCUACGGAUUGCGAAAAACGAUGGUUCGUCUGUGGACCAACUUUGCCCGGUACAGUGAUCCAACGCCGGAACGCACUACUCCCGACCCAACCGUUCCGUUCCGCUGGCAACCACAGCCGAACGUGUCGGACGAACAUCAGGAAGUGCCGCUGAUGUGUCUGAACAUCACCAACGCCGGUAUCGCGAUGGUCGAAAUGCCCGAAAAGCGACGGAUGAACUUUUGGGCCGGAAUCUUCGAACGCUUCAACGGGAAACUGGCCGAUGUCAAGCUGCCCAUGAUCAGCUCGUCCGGCAGUGCUGCCAUCGAUCUUAACAACAACACUCUAUGACGCUGCUCGGUGUGGGACGCCCAUCGACAGCAAGCAUAUGCCUCGCCCGGGCAUCACCGAUUCCAUUGAAUGGUGUGCCCGUGAAUGGGGUGAAUGAAUUGUGUAGCAUUAAUAGCGUUACAAAGCGCAUCUAAACGCGCCUGAAUGAGUAUCGGCCGAAAAGCGGAUCGAACUGCCAUUGCCAUUCUUGUUCACAUUGUGCUAGGGCUCUAUAGAAGAAUAAAGCAACAAUCAGGCGAUCCUCUACCGAA